AUGGAGCCGGGCAGCGCCUUUCCCAACACCUCCGGUAACGGCAGCGGCACCAGCAGUGCCCCACACUCACCCGCAGCCACGGGGCUCAUCUUGCUGGCAGCCCUGGCCGUCCUGCUGGCCACGCUGCUGGGCAACGCUCUGGUGGUGGUGGCCAUCUCCACCAGCCGGGCCCUGCAAGCCCCACAGAACCUCUUCCUCGUGUCCCUGGCCUCGGCAGACAUCCUGGUGGCCGUCCUCGUGCUGCCCUUCUCGCUGGCCAACGAGGUGAUGGGCUACUGGUACUUUGGCGGGCUGUGGUGCAGCCUGUACCUGGCGCUGGACGUGCUGCUGUGCACGGCAUCCAUCGGGCACCUCUGCGCCAUCAGCCUCGACCGCUACUGGGCCGUGACACGGGCGGCGCGGCUCAACCUGCGCCGGAACCCGCGGAGGGUGAGGGCCAUGAUCGGGGCGGUGUGGGCGGCGGCGGCCCUGGUGGCACUGCCACCGCUCCUGCGGCCGCGGCCGGCCGGGCGGGAGUGCCAGCUGAGCCAGGAGACCUGGUACGUGCUGGCCUCCUGCGCCGCCUCCUUCUUCGUGCCCUGCCUCGUCAUGGUGGCCGUGUACUGCCGCAUCUACCGCCUGACCGCCGGGCGCACGGCCGCCCUGCUCGCUGCCCGCUCCCCGUGCCCUGCCAGCGGUGACAGAAAGGUGUCGGGUGUGGGGAUGCUGAGAUGGCGCCGUCGGAGCCAGCACCAGAGCGUGCUGCUGUGCCGCCGGCGGCUGGUGAGGGCGAGGGAGCGGCGCUUCACUGUGGUGCUGGCUGUGGUGAUGGGCGCCUUCGUGCUGUGCUGGUUCCCCUUCUUCUUCACCUACAGCCUGGGGGCUCUCUGUGGGCAGGGCUGCCGUGUCUCCAAGCCCCUCUUCAACUUCUUCUUCUGGAUCGGCUACUGCAACAGCAGCGUCAACCCCCUCAUCUACACCCUCUUCAACCGGGACUUCCGAGCUGCCUUCCGCCGGCUCCUGGCCGUCCCGCACCGGCACCGCUCCUAA